GCCAACUUGUGUCCAGCAUACAGUGUAGUGUGUUGACCAGCGAUCAUGAAGUUCCUCAUCGUUGUCCUGGCGUGUGCCGUUGUCGCCGAGGGAAUAGUCAGAGUUCCUCUGGUGAAGCACAAGUCUAUCCGUCAGGCUCUACGGGAGAAGGGCGUCCACCUGCCUUACCAGGACCCUGCUGUGAAAUACCAACCGACUGAGUUUGCACGCGGCUCCACUGCAAUGUACAUUAACAACUAUGCUGAUACCACCUACUAUGGAGCCAUUACCAUUGGCACGCCACCCCAGUCCUUCCAGGUGCUGUUUGACACUGGCUCUGCAAACCUGUGGGUAGAUUCUAUCUACUGCAACACCCAGGCCUGCAAUACACACACAAAGUUCAAUCCCCAGGCCUCUUCUACUUACUCUGCCAACGGACAGACCUUCUACCUGCCCUACGGAGCAGGGAGCCUCAACGGGGUGUUUGCAUACGACACUGUCAAUGUUGGUGGGAUUGUCAUCAACAACCAGGAAAUUGGACUAAGCACUAAUGAGCCAGGUCAGAACUUUGUUGUGGCUAAGUUUGACGGCAUCUUGGGUCUAUCCUACCCUACCAUCUCUGCUGGAAGGGAGACCCCUGUCAUGGACAACAUGAUGUCCCAGCGUCUCCUGCAGGCAGACAUCUUUGCCUUCUACAUGACCGGUGGCGGGCAGCAGGGCAGUGAGCUGUCGUUCGGAGGAGUAGACAACACCAAGUAUUCAGGCCAGAUCUACUGGACUCCCGUUACCUCCCAGACCUACUGGCAGAUUGGUGUUGCUGGGUUCGGGAUUAACGGCCGGGAGACGGGCUGGUGCAGUCAGGGCUGUCAGGCUAUCGUGGACACGGGCACCUCCAUGCUCACCGCCCCUAGUUCGCUCAUGGGAGGCAUCAUGCAGUCCAUCGGAGCCCAGAGGGACCAGUAUGGACAGUACGUUGUGGACUGCAGCCAGGCCAGCAACCUUCCAACCUUGUCCUUUACUAUCAGCGGGGUUUCCUUCCCUCUGCCUCCCUCAGCCUACAUUCAACAGCAGAACCAGGAGUGCGUCGUGGCCAUCACCCCCACUUACCUGCCCUCACAGAACGGACAGCCUCUGUGGAUCUUUGGAGACGUGUUCCUCAGGUCAUACUACUCAGUCUACGACCGCGCCUACAACCGCGUGGGCUUUGCCACCGCCGCCUAAACAUGGCACAUGUAACGUGACCGAAAAUCAACAGGAUGAUGACCGCUAACCUGCUGCAAUGCUCCAGUGUUCCAUACAGAGUUGUAUGUCCUGUGUACAGUACAUGGCUCUGAAUGGUCUGUAACACUACUCACACAUGUUAAACUGCUGUUUCAUUGAGAACCUCUGCAUGGUAAAAGCUACUGGGGAUCAUGUCUUGGGCUUGCUUAAACAGACUUUUUCGUGAUCAAUUGUUGUUUCCUGUCAUAUCAACAUACCACUAAGUUGUUGUAAUGAAAACAACUGAAUCAUGAAAACCAAUUCUUUACGUAAUCAAAAGGUUCAAUCUUCUAAGAAUGUGAUUUUUAAAUUCUGCUUCUACAGCAAUGAUGGUUAGAAGAUUUGCUCUUUUCAAAAUAAAUUCUCCAUUACAUAUCUGUG